CUCUUCCACUUCACUUGCCUGUUCUUCCUCUGGCAAGGUCGUCUGGUUUAGCACUUCUCAGUUGUCCGCGGCAUAUUCCUCAUCACUGAAAAAAUGUUCUCCCGACUUGUUAAGCCCCAAACCGUCGCGGGCAUCGCCAAGAACGCCCAGAACUUCAGCACCAGCGGCCAGAACAAUGUCAAAGUUGCUGUCAUGGGAGCAAGUGGCGGCAUUGGCCAGCCCUUGUCUCUGCUUCUCAAGAACUCUCCCCUAGUCACUGAGCUAUCCCUGUAUGACAUUGUGCACACCCCCGGUGUGGCUGCUGACCUUAGUCACAUUAACACCAACUCCAAGGUCCGCGCCUCAAAUGGACCCGAGCAGCUUAAGGAUUCAUUGAAGGGAAUGGAGGUUGUCAUUAUUCCUGCUGGUGUUCCCCGUAAACCGGGAAUGACCCGUGAUGACCUGUUCAACACCAAUGCUUCUAUUGUGCGUGACUUAGCUCAGGCUUGUGCUGAGGUCUGCCCGAAAGCUCUUAUUGGAAUUAUCUCAAACCCUGUCAACAGUACGGUCCCAAUUGCCUCUGAGGUGUUCCAAAAGGCUGGAGUGUAUGACCCCAACAGGAUAUUUGGUGUUACUACUCUGGAUAUUGUUCGUGCCAAUGCCUUCAUUGGAGAGGCCAAAGGACUGAACCCCACUCAAGUCAAUAUUCCUGUAAUUGGAGGUCAUUCAGGAGUUACCAUUAUUCCUCUGAUCUCUCAGGCCAAGCCCUCUGUUGAUUUCCCUAAGGACCAACUCAAGGCUCUCACUGAGAGGAUACAGGAGGCUGGUACUGAGGUUGUCAAGGCUAAGGCUGGUGCUGGCUCUGCCACCCUCUCUAUGGCAUUUGCUGGCGCUCGAUUUGCCUUCUCUCUCUGCCGUGCCAUCAUGGGAGAAUCCAACAUUGUUGAGUGCUCUUAUGUACGAUCCAAUGUUACUGAGGCCAAAUACUUCUCGACACCUAUUCUUCUUGGGCCUAACGGUGUGCAGAAGAACUUGGGUCUUGGCAACCUGAGCCCCUACGAGCAGGAUCUUCUGAAGGCUGCCAUUCCUGAACUCAAGAAGAACAUCCAGAAGGGAGAAGACUUUGUCAACAAGAAGUGAAAACCUAUGGAAUAUGUCAGGACAACAAACCCAGACUGCUGGAAGCUGGUUUUAUUUUAAGGUCCAAUCUAAUAAACCAUUUCCAGCUGGCUGGAAGUGAAGUAACUAGUCAGCAGGGUGAUGGUUGGCUUUUAGAGCCAACCUACCAGCCAGAAUAUACUUGUGUAGAACGUAAGCUGGUAGAUUCAGGAAAAAGACCAUAUUCUGGUCUUGUUACAUAGUUGCAGCUUAAUGCUGCCACUUUGCAUUUUAUACUGUUCCCAAACAAUUUAGGAUUUCAUUCCUUGAGGCUAAGCUCAUUUUAAUUCUUUCAUCUUACCUGUAAAUAUGAUUUGUGUUUAACUGAAUUAAUACUCCACUGUACUGGUUAUUUUCAUUAAAUGGAUCUGUUAAGUCUUAA